UCGCUGAUAAUAUAAUUAUAGGUAAUACCUCAAUUCUCAUAUCAGCAAGAAUGAAGGUGGUAUUAUGGGAUAAUUAUAUUGUGCAUGGCAUAUAUCGUGACUUAGCGGUAAUGCGAGUUGACGAAAUGUGGCGGCUGACGGCGAGGACCGACACCUGCUCAUAUACUACAGCCUGUCUGUCGACUCGUUGAAGUCAAUUUAUACCUUUAACUAUUUUACAGUUAUGAAAAGCCAAUUAAUUGACCGUGGGAAGGACAUUAGAAAUUUGAGCCUUGUUAUUGGGCCUAUUUCUAAGUUUUGACGUGCUUUUUGUAAACGAGUGGCGUUAAUUGUAUUUAUUCUGCCUAUUGUAACGUUCCUUAAGGCAGGUUAUGCCCAAACAGAUUUCAAUUCGUUACAUCACCUAGAUUCUAUUGAGAUUUGAUAUGAUAGCUUGCUCUCUACAAAGUCUCGGCUGAUUAACAAUUGAAUAGAUGGCUUGCCUAGACAUACAAUUAGCCAGAGAGAAUUUCUUGUUGUAUGCAGAACUGUGAGCGAAAACUUUUAUUCUGGGUGUGCAAAGGUCAUUCUAUUAGUCGUACGUACAUGGCAGUUUGUUCAAAAUGACGCUAUAAUAGUUCAUAUGACUGUAUAUCACAGCAUACAGGCAUCUUAGCGAACCACACUUCCUUAAUAAGGCCUUCAUCAUACAAGACAAUAGCAAAGAAAGGCUUAGCGUGUGGCGCUGAUCGUCUUCCAAGGUCGACUGGUCAAUUAUCCCGUCUUGGUUUUUUAUCUCGUGUGUUGCCUCGUCGUGAAAGGAUGUACGUGGCAUCGUGGCGAAUGUAUUACUUAUUUUAGACUGUUUCAUGAUUGUACAAAGUGACUUCUAACACUAAAUGGAGUGUAUUUAUGAACUAGCAAGAAAAUGAAUUCAUAUGUACUUCAAAUCGUCACAAUCGUUGCUGCAAACGUGGUGUAUGCGUCAAGAUUUUGCGGUAAUUGUCCUCCAGGGUUUUUUGUAAAUGGUUGUAAAUCUAACUCGUCAGCAAACUGUGCGCCAUGUCCACCAGACACCUUUAAGCUUGGCAACAAUGAUUUAACACAAUGUACUAGGUGUACGGACUGUAACGGACGGAACAAUAUCGAAGUCCAGAAAUGUAACGGUACCCAUGACAGAACAUGUAGAUGUAGAAACGGAUAUUGGUACGAUACUGGGGCUUUAUUUUGCUCUCAAUGCAGUUAUUGUAGGAAAGGCAAAGGAGUGGUACAAAAUUGUACAUUUACUUCAAAUACCAAGUGUCAAAAAUGUAUUCGAGGGGUAACAUUCUCGCCAGUUUAUAGUAAAACAGAGUCGUGUAGACCGUGUAAGAUAUGUGGGGAAAAUGAAGAAUUAGUCAAACAAUGCACACGAAGAAAAGACACUGAAUGUAAACCAAAAUCAGAAAAAGAGAAAUUUAAAUCAAAGAAUAAAUCAAAGUGGCCCGUCGAGAUUGAAUCAACUGCAGAACCAACUACRUAUAUUGUAGAUUCGAGUCCACCCAUCAGUAAAUACAGAACAACUGGUAAAACAGAAUCUUUUGGGACAACGUCAGUCUCACUUUCUGCGGUUAAGCAAGAAAGAAGUGACGGCAACACUUUGGAAAUUAUCCUGUAYRUCGUAGGAGGAGGGAUUGGWGUAUGUCUMAUAGUUUGUGUGGUUGUAUUGGUCUUGCGCCGUAGGAAGACGACAGUAAAGAGAUCACGUAAUCAAGUUUCGGCGCCAUCGCCUCCACCCCAUAAAGUAUCAGAACCAGUGAAUAGACUGAGCAGCACACCGCUAAUGCAUGGUUCUACAGAUAAAUUACUUCGUGAAGUAAGCUAUAGUGUUAUAGACGAUUUAUCAACACAUCUAAAUCCUAAAGGAAGAUGGAAAUCGCUGGCUGGCAAACUUGGUUUUUCAAGUAAAGACAUUGACAAUUUUGAACUCCAACCAACCAAUGCAACGGCAGUUAUGUUGUCCCACUGGGGUCAACAGAAGGGCAGUACACUACACCAUCUUUACGAUGUAUUGAAAGGCUUAAAAUGGUUCGUGGAAGCCGACAUAGUUGCUAAGUAUUUGUAGGGAGGGUUAAAAAGAGRACUAUUUUACAUGCAUUAUCGUUGUCUAUACAUAAUGAUUGCCUUUAAUAGUGACUCCCGGAUGUUGAUAAUUAUUUAAUGGCUAUUUUUGUAUAUUCACUGACUACAACGAUAAUGCUUGUAUAGACAUUUUCAAGUGUUCAUUUGUAUUUGAACACUUUAUAGCUUUAGAUAUUUAAAGAUUGAUUUAUCAAAAAAUGUUUUGGGAUUUGGGAACUUUGACAAAAUCGCCGGUCUAACGGUGAUCAGAUCAACGAAUUGGUGGUUUCCAUACGCAUGCGCUGUUCCAACACUGGUAUACCUUCGCUUUUUAUCGUUCUUUUUGAUGACGAAAAUUGUGAGAAUGCAUUUCGGGCAUUUAGUGCUCGGUUUGAAGUAGUCACGAUUGGUGACAGUUUUUUAUAUUUAUAAUUAUUAGUAAUUAUUAAUUGUUGUAGCUUUUAAUUAUUAWCACAAGUUUGUAGAAACUCUACGUCGUAUUGGACGUCAUGAUAUGUUAGUCGUACAGUAGUAACAGUUACUUAGUAAUGGUUGGGUGUGUAUUCUUGUAGUAAGACUUUCUUAUUUUUGCAACUUAAAGUUGCGUAAUUGUGUUUAGUGAUCUUUAAUACUUUCAUUAACUCACAGCUAAGCUAACAUAGCAAUAAUAUAACAGCAAUAACAUAGAGAGUAUGAUAAUGCUAAUCAUCAAAUGAUUUCUUAACCGCUUUGUGCUAUAUUUCAUGUAGAUUUUGCUAAUGCUGUUCAUUGCCAAGUAAUGAUUCAAUUGAUACUCUAAUUAUUUGCUAAUUAAUCGUAACUUGUAGCAAGGAAAUACAUUGAUCGAAUAAUUUUAUAUUUUUAAUUUUGUAGUCGUUACAUUAUUUUUUGAUUCCGUCUAAUCAUUGUGCGUGGCGUUUAUCGUUAGAAAUCUAUCAAAGUUCCAAUUGUGUUGUCGUACAAAAAAAUGGACAUUUCUAUCGUUAGAAUUUUGUGUAUAUUGGUUCAUCACGCAAAUGAUCAACUUAUCUUACAGGGGUUCUUGUAGCUUUAUAUUGAAGCACUAUAUACAGUAAUAUGAUUCAUUGAUAUGGAAUACGUUUCUUGCUACRUAUAGUGGAUCAUGUCACGUUUAUUCCAAUAUUUGACACAGACAGUGUGCUCCUUCGUGCUUCUGUGAUUGAGAAAUCCUGACCACAUUUGAUAAUGCUGUUUUGGUUGACAGUAAGAAUGGCUGCACUGCCUGUGAUUUCAAAUACGCUGCCAUUUCCAUCAGAUUUCUUUCUAAAAAUAUCAGCAUUGUGUUUAAACUGUAUGUUUGGAUCUGUUUCAAGAGGUGGCAGCAUCAUUUAUUUAGUAUUAUGGAAGCACAUGAUAUUGAAACCGCUGAUAAUACUAUUAUCAAAGGUGUUUCACAAUAAUUUAGAAUAAAUAUUUUUAUACGAAUAUAUUUUUCUUUGGAACCUAACAAAAUUGCACCAUUAAACAARUACAAUCCAUGCAUCUCAGUUUGAUUAAGGCCUCAUUCUAUACCGAGAUGCUUUGCAAACGCCGCCAAAAAAKGUUAUGACUCUCUUAUACAUGAAACCUGAUAAAUUGUUAUUUUUGUGAACUGUAAUAACUGGAGGAGAGACAUUUCCAAGUCUACCGUUUACGUAUCAUCUCGUGGAGAUAAGCUUGGUUAGCACUUGCGACACAAGAUUUCAGCCAUGAACGCUAAAAAUACACAUGAUUUCUUAUCGUGUCGUUCUUUUGUUUACUCGGAUGCGAAUAUAUUCGAAAUGAAGCAUUUCUUAGGCUUAUCGUUUAUGCAGAAAGACCAACGUGUUCGGAUAUUUUAGGAAAGGACGAUUGUUGUUUGUGUAAACGCAGUCUCAUAAAGCGGGGUAUGAGUGGGACACCGUUACCGCACGGUUACCGCACUGUUACCGGACCUGGCCUGCACAAUUUUGGUGAACCAAUGGGGCACUAGAAUUUGGUUACAGUACGAUUACGGUUACAGUACAGUACCKUUCGUUUCCCACUCAUACGAAAUCCGCUCUAUCACUGGCUUGUGUCGCAAGUGAAAAACAGGUUUUUUUCCGGUUUAUUGUCGUGAAAUUCUUUUCUUGGUAGCAAAGCAGAAUCUAAAGAGAAAAGAUAUCUUCUCUGCGCAUUUUGCUUUAAGCAGUUUAUUAAUGAUUUAUUUAAUCAAAUCUUCUCAUGUGAAGGUUUUUUGCGUCGUUUUUAAAAUUUAUUAUUGAAUGUAAUUAUUACGACAAUUAUUAUAAAUUAAGUUGUUUCACAUUCAAGAAAAAGCGGGAGCUAAAUCCCUGUAACUAUUUUAUAAAAAAGGAUUUAAAAUAAAUAUAUAUCAUGCACACGACAUGACGCGUUUCAUCGCUAUUAAAGGAAGUUUACACUUGUA